AAUUUACUUGUAAUGCAGUUUUGACGGCAUUCGCUCUAUUCGCAGUUUCAAUUCAAGAAGCCAUCUUACAUCUAAUAAUAAUAAUAAAGAAAAAAAAAAACACGCAAAUUUCAAACAAAAACAAAUCAGUCGAACGAGAGACACACAUCAGCCAACUGUUAUCGAAUUAAAAAAAAAAAAAAAACAAAACAAAUAAAGCAACAACAACAAAAUGAGCGCCAAUCAAUCAGAAGAAUCAUCAUCAUUUGCUGCACCCGAACCAGUUCCAAAUGCGGCCGAAAUUGAAAAGAUGGAAGAGGAAAAACUCAAAGCCAAAUACAGUACUGGUGGUGGUGUUGGUGGUCCAGGAAUCGGACGGCCUGGUGGUCAUUCCGCAUUUUUGCAAAAGCGUCUAUUGCAAAAAGGUAAAGGUCAAAAGUACUUUGAUUCGGGCGAUUAUCAAAUGGCCAAACAAAAAGGUGGCGGUACAAAAUCAUUAUUUGCCAAUAAACCAAUCGGAGAGGCGAUCCCAACACCCGAAACCGUUCCAGCUAGAAAAACGUCGAUUAUUCAGCAACCAUGCAACAAAUUUCAAACAUCCAGCUAAAUUUUUUAAGCUAAUCUAAUAAUUCUAAAUAGAAAACAACCACAACACACAACAACAACAAAACAACAACAAAAAACAAUAUUUCCCUUUUUUGUCACUUCUAUUUUGUUCCUCUUUUAAAAUAUGAAAGUUAAAUGCAUCCGCAGCACAAGAACAACAAGGGAAAAAAACAAAAAAAGCAAAGUAAAAAAAAAAACAAAAGCAAGAAAAUGAACGAAAUUUCAACAAACAUAGAACAAAACCUAAAUUUAACCCGAGAAAAGUGGAAUUUUUAAGAGAGAAGUGAAUAUGAUUACAUUACAUUUAUAAAUCAAUAUUGUAAUAUUGUUGUUAUUUAUUUUUGUGAUGAUGAUUGGGUGUGAAAAUGAUUAAAUUGUCGAUCUCGUUUCGGUCGCCUUUUAUGUGCAUUUUGUCGCAGUCGAAAUAAUGUUCCAUAGAAGCAUUUCGUACUUUAUAAUAAACAACAUAGAAAUUUGA